AUGAUUCUGAUACACGGCAUCGACUAUUCUGUUGUCAAUCCCGACAACAAGUGGAAGAUGCUGAGAUCACAGUCGCGAUUUGCGCUCUUGGCGCUCCUGAUCUCGUCGGGCGUCGUGAUGCAAGGAUUCGACAUCGUGGCUGGAGGACAGCUCGCGGCCCUGCCCGCGUUCAAGGAAAAGUUCGGGGUGCUGCAGGACGACGGCAGCUACCUGAUCCCGGCCCACUACCUAUCCGCCUGGAACUCGAUCGCCCCAGCCAUGGAGAUAGCCACCUCCUUCAUCUUCGCCCCGCUGCUCGAGAAGUACGGCCGCAAGUGGGGGAUCCUGGCCGCGUCGCUCAUCUCGACUGUCGGCGUCAUCCUCCAACAGCUGGCUCCGGACUGGCGGACGCACCUCGCCGGCAGGGCCGUCAACGGCAUCGCCAUCGGCAUGAUGUUCACCAUCUCACCGCUCUGGAUCGGCGAGACCUGUCGCCCGGAGCUCCGCGGCUUCUUCCUGUGCUUCUUCAACACCAGCAUCGUCUUUGGCCAGUUUGCUAUUGUCGUUGUCUCGCAGGGCAGCAAUCACCUGUCGGGCAAAUGGCAGUGGUGGCUGCCCGUCGUCGCUAUGUACUUCUUCCCCUUAAUCCUCACCGUCGCCUGGCCCUUCUUCCCUGAGUCGCCCUCCUGGCUCAUCCGUCACGGCAAGCGAGAGGAGGCGAAAAAGGCCCUGCGCCGCAUCUAUGGCUUCAAGGAGCAGGCAUUCUACGAGAUCGAAGCGUCACGCAUGGAAGAAGAGGUCCGUCUCACGAGGGAUCUGGGCGGCGGCAACAUCGACCCAAGCCGGCCUCGCAAAAGGAUCCUGGGCGUCGACGUGGAGCGCGCAGCCGAGUGCUUCGACGCGGCCAACCGCAAGCGCACGCUGACCGCCAUCUUCGCCGCGUCCGCGCAGCAGAUGAUCGGCGCCACGUUCGUGAUCGGGUACGCGACGUACUUCUUCGAGCUGAUCGGCGUCAGCAACUACUUCGCCGCGUCCAUGGCCCUGUACGCCGUCAUGCUCGCCGCCAGCAUGUCGGCGUUCCCCCUGACCGAGAUCUACGGCCGCCGGUUCCUGAUCGUCGGCCCCCAGUUCGCGCUCUGCUUCAUGCUUCUCAUCAUCGGCAUCCUGGGCUGCGUCCCGGACAAGACCAAGGCCAGCUGGGGCAUUGUCGCCCUGCUGUAUAUGUGGGCGAUCAUCUACCAGCUCUCCAUCGGCGCCACCGGCUUCGUGCUGGCGUCCGAGAUCGCGACCUUAAGGCUCAGGGCGACGACACAGGGUCUCAUCACCAUCACCAAUGCUGUCUGGGGCUUGAUCAUGCAGUUUACCGUUCCGUACAUGAUCAAUCCCGAUGCCGGAAACUUGGGCGGGAAAGUUGGCUUUAUCUUUUUGGGUACGGGCCUGAUGGCUAGCGUCGGGGGCUGGUACCUGUUCCCCGAGACCAAGGGACUUUCCUUUGAGAAGUUGGAUCAACUGUAUGCCAUGAAGGUGCCCCCGAGGCUGUUUCAGAAAGUGGCGGCCGAGGGCAUGGGCCGACAUGACGCAGGAGAGCAUGUUGAGAAGGAAGACGGGAUCAUUACUGAGGAACACGUCCGAGUCGAAACAUCGAGAGUGGCAUAGGCAGGCCUUAGGGUUGCGUGGUCUGCUGUCUACCUAGAGUUGGAAGACGACCCUGACCUAAAUAGCUUCUUCCGGCG